AUGAGACAAAGCAGCGCGACUGGACCCUGGGACGGGAUCCGGAGUCCGGAGACGUCGGAGACCCCGAUUGACGUGGCUGAUGUCAUUCUGGGGCAAUGCCUCAUGCGAUUCAGCAUUCUCAUCCUCGGCAUCUGCCUGUCGUUCUUCGCUCGGAUUUCUAAUACAGAGGGCCCGUCUACAAGGCAGACCGCCAAGCAUGCGAAUGAGCACAUCAUGUCCGAGAAACUCAUUCCGUCUAAUCCGGCGGACGUCAUGGUCAUGCGCCAUGUCACGCCGAACGUUGUCACAUUCUCAGUACCAUUCUCGCGGUUCGGGACCAUGAAGAUCGGUGGUCGAGGGACACUAGUCAAAAUGACCUCGGGCGACCUAGCCGUUUUCUCCCCUGUCGCUCUCACAGAAGAGGCCAAGGCCAAGGUGUCCGAGCUGGGCGGCAACCUCGCCUACAUUGUGGCUCUAGAUUUUGAGCAUCACAUCUUCCUCUCCGAAUGGCUCAAAGCCUACCCGACCGCCAAAUUGGUCGGUCCCGAAGGUCUCCCCGAGAAGCGCGCCAAGCAGAACGACCCCAAGAUCGGCUCCGAGCCGUUUGCAACCGUCUUCACAAAGGACAAGAAGAGCACCACCAGGAUCGGCGACGACUUUGACAGGGACUUUGACUACGAGUACGUUGAUGGCCACGCCAAUAAGGAGAUUGUGGUCAACUUCCGUCCAGACCGAACGCUGAUCGAGGCGGACCUCUUCUUCAACCUACCUGCCACCGAGCAGUACAGCCGGGUGCCUGAGAAGCAGAAACAGGCUGGUGGCUUCCUCGCACGCCAUUUUGAGGGUCUGCAGGACCCCCAAGGCGGCAGCAACAAGUGGAUGAAGAGGUUCAACUGGUUUGUACUUGCCAAGGAUCGGGCGAGCUUCAACGAGAGCAUCCGGGCCAUCGCCAAGUGGGAUUUCGUCAACUUGAUUCCCUGCCACGGUGAUGUCCUGGAAGGCAACGCAAAGGAAGUCUUCCAAAAGACGUUUGAGUGGCAUAUCUAG